UGGUUCAUCAAACUUUAAUCUUGAAUACUCACGUCGCCUUGAUCUUGUGACCAAUGCUUUAAUUAACUUUUUGAGAGUGAGAAAGCGUGGGACAUUUUAAUCAAAUACUCACUUCCAUUGUCUUUUCGCACACGACAGCAAGGAAGGGCUGAGUUUGAUCAAAGCAAAGGCCGUUUUAUUGGUUCAACUUAGAUAAAAGAGUCACUCUUGAUCCUUUUAGGGUCAUUUGACCGACAAAGGAAAGCCACUGCUCUGAUGUCGUACGACAUUUUUUGGGAUUAGCUUAAGCUUUGACCACAAAGAAAGCUUCUUUGAGUGAUGUGCUGCCAGUUCAUGCUUCGAUCACCAAAGAUGCGGGGUAGGUGUGCUCACUUCUCCAAAGCUAUAUAAGUCCUGUGUCUACCAAUUUUAUAUACUGCACUCCCUUCCCAACAUUAUCCAGUUUCUUAUAUUCCAACUUCAAUACUCUACUACUCAAAAUGCCAGCUGCACUUUCCAAAGCCAAAGUUGACGCACGAGAGAAAGAAUUAAAGAUUCCUAAUGAACAAAAAGCAGCAAUCUGUCGUGAAAAAGGUGGAAAGGUAACGAUUGAAAAUGCACCAAUUCGUUCAAACGAAUUAAAACGUGGUGAAGCUUUAGUUCGUUUAAUUUAUUCAGGUGUCUGUCAUACAGACUUACAUGCAAUCUUGGGUGAUUGGCCAAUUGAUGCAAAGAUGCCUUUGAUCGGCGGUCAUGAAGGCGCAGGUGUGGUUGUUGCUUUAGGUGAAGGUGCAGAUGAAUUUGUUAAAAAAGGUGAUCGUGUUGGAAUCAAGUGGAUUGCUGAUUCUUGUUUGAAGUGCGAUUUCUGCAGACGUGGUCAUGAACCAAAUUGCCCUGACGCUCAAUGUUCAGGUUAUACUUGGGAUGGUACCUUCCAACAAUAUGCUGUAGCUUCUGCUAGACAUCUCUCCCACAUUCCUGACGGACUCGAUCUCGAAAGUGCAAGUCCACUCUUAUGUGCCGGCGUGACCGUUUACCGUGCGGUAAAGGAAGCCAAAUUGUUACCCGGUAAUGAUGUGGUAAUCAUUGGUAGCGGUGGUGGCUUAGGACAUCUCGCUGUUCAAUAUGCUUCUAACGCUGGUGCUCGUGUGAUCGGAAUCGAUACCGGUUCCGAAAAGGAGAAGUUGUCAAUUCAAUUAGGUUGUGAAAAAUUCAUUGAUUUCCAGAAGGAAAAAGAUCUCGUCCAAGCUGUCAAAGAAGCUUCAUCUGAUGGUCAUGGUCCACAUGCAGCAAUCGUAGCAGCCUCUUCUCCAAAGGCCUACGAACAAGCUUUGGAUUAUUUACGUCCUCGUGGUACUUUGGUGGUUGUUGGUUUACCGGUAACAGACAUUAAAGCAAACGUAUUUUGGACUGUUUUCAAAUCACUCAAUAUCGUAGGAAGUUACGUUGGUAAUCGUCAAGAUGCUCAGGAAGCAUUAGACAUCGCAGCACGCGGAAAAGUCAAGGCGAUUUAUAAAACUUUAGGAUUGAGUGAUUUACCGCAAGUAUAUGAUGAUAUGCAUCAUGGUAAGAUUGCCGGUCGUAUCGUUUUGGAUCUUGAUAAGUGAUGAGUGGGAGGUGGGCUUUCUUUUGUUCCAUGGAAUGUUCUUAUGAAUGAAAUUUUUUUUCUCAGCU